AUGUUUCUUGUUUUUCGAGCAAGACUUCAAACACUUCGCUGCCGACUCAAUGAAGCAAUUCAAACUUAUGAAUAUGCAAUUCGCAGUCAAAGUGAUUGGAAAAAUCUUCAUCAUAUUGCUUUUUGGGAAAUACUUUGGUGUCAUGUGUUUCAACGACAAUGGAAAGAAGCAGCUGUUAUGGCUAAAACUCUACUUGAAGAAAAUAAUUGGAGUAAAGCAACAUCUUGUUUUCUUCUAGCGACAUUUCAAUUUGAAGAUAAUAAUUCUGUUGCAACCGAUGAAAUUAUUCAGUUAUACAAACGUGUACCGGAUUUAAAAAUUCGUCUGGCCGGCAAAUCAAUUCCAUUAGAAAAAUACGCAAUAAAACAAUGUGAACAUUUUCUUGAACAAAAAUGGCUUUUCCUACCGGCAUUGGAAUUAGUUUAUCUUAUGAAUGGUUUUUAUAUUCUUGCUCAUGAUCAUAACAAAUUACAAGAAACUCUUAAUAUUGUUAAUAAUGCAUUAAAAGAUGUCGAACUUAAUCAUACAAAUGAUCAAUUCUAUGUUGAUAGCUACGGUUCCGGUCUUUUACUUCGUGGUGUUCUGCUGCAUUUUCUACGUCGAUACGAUGAAGCUCAUGAAAAUUUCGAUGCAAUAAUUAAUAUGGCUAAACAAUUUGAUGAAAAAUCUCUAUUAGCGCCGAAUGCCGUAUUCGAAAAAGCAAUCAUUUAUAUAGAGUUAAAACAGAAACAAAAAGCCAAUGAAUACUUACAGAAGUCCAUCAAUGAUUACAAAGAGUACCAGCUCGAGUCUCGUCUUCAUUUUCGGAUAAAUGCAGCAAUGCAGAAGGUGAAACAGAUGGAUAACGAUUUGAAUAAGAACUAUUUUCCCAUCAAUAAAAAAAGUAAUGAGACAUAUUCGUGA